AUGACGACCUCUCUCUAUGUCCCCUUGGCUUAUAUAACGGUUUUGGUCACUGGACUAGCUAUCUUCUCCAGGGUAUAUAGAAGACGACGUGCUGAACGUAAAACAUCAUUCGAAUCAUGGUUCCCACGUCAUCAUACUCGAGAUACAUACAUAUCCCUAUUAUCAUCAUCUUCUCCAGUCCCAGAUUCUUUAAUCAAAUCAUCUCUACUCGUACGAGCCACAACGGAUGUUCAACGUAUUUGGAGAAUGAGAGAUGAUAAACCUGCUAUCACUUCUUUACAUCAAAGAGGUUUGAUAGGUGAUGAUACCGUAUCUAGGUUUAAUCAAGCGGAAAAAGAAUUAGAAGCGGAGAUUGUCGAUGUAGUACAAGAAGCCAAUACUUUUAGACAAGGUUGGGGUGGAAUGAUCUUCGCUACUGCUACAGAGAUGGCAUUGGCGGAAAAAACUAGAGAUGCUGUCAUGUGUAUUCCUAGGAUUAAAGCUAUCGAGGGUGGGUUUUUGGGUUUUUUUUUCUUUUGGUAA